AUGGCGGAUCCAGUGAUCGUUGACGUGGAAGCAAACGACAGAGUUAUAGCCAAGAAAUCGUUGAAAAGGAAGAGAGUUUUACAGGUCGACUCACUGAGUACGGAAGAGAGAGAUGCUCGAAUCAACGGGUUGCGCGAUGAGCUGAAUGGGUUGUUCAAAUACUACAAAGAGGUUUUGGAACAGGAAGUGGGUUCAGAAGGUUUGAGUCAGUGUGGUGGUUCUUCUUCGAUCAAUUCGGUGAUUGCCUAUUUGUUAGAAGAGAGUACUCUUCCACUUUCUAAGUUGGUGGAUGCGAUAUAUGGGAAAUUGAAGGAGAGAGAGGGAAAUGGUGGUGGUAUUGGUGGAAAUGUGAGCUUUACUCUUGCUUCUGUGAAGAGCUAUGUGCUUUUGAUAGGGCAAAGAUCAUUUUACGGAAUGCCCAAUGCAGAUGCUGAUGUGUUGGAGGACGACACUGAGUCAUGCCUUUGGUGUUGGGAGACAAGAGAUAUAAAAUUGAUGCCGAAAUCUAUGCGUGGUAUGCUAAAAAUUCGGAGAAUUUGUCGGAAAAAGAUCCAUGAGAGGAUUACUGCCAUUUCGGCUUCGGAGAAGAUUGCUGCUAAGCUUCGGAGAAGAUUGCUGCUAAGCUUCGGAGAAGAUUGCUUUUACCACUAUGUGCGUCUGGUGAAGACUCGACGUCAAAGAGAGCCUUUGCGUAUGGAGAAGGUGAAGAAUUGCACAAGAAGGAUGUUCUCCGUACCUAUAGACUUACCCGGCACGGCCUAUAAUCGUGCUAUCAAAGGGGGAACAAUGGUUCUCGAAGAGCUUCUAAUGACCAUCAGGGCGAGAAGAAAUGAACUAAUGGAUAGCAAAGAGACAUCAGAUUGUGAUCUGUUGUCUCCAAUGAUGACUGCGCUUCAGAAAUCAGACGGCCUUCAGAAAGGCAGACAAGAGCUGAUGAAAGCAUCAGAAAGAUUUGGAAAAGUGUUAAGUGAGGCAGAUAUUCGUUUGUUAGUCGACAGCAUGGCACAUAAAAAUGGUUCUAACAUAGCGGAGAAGGAAGCAAAACGAGAAGAGAAACUAUUAAUCAAGCAAUUGGAGAGGAACAAACGUGAGGUUGAGAAGGAGAAGAAAAGAAUGGAUCGGGAACUUCAGAAACAAAAAUUGCAUAGCGAAAAAGAGGUAAAGCAGUUACAAGAGGAGGCAGAGAAACAGGAAAGACGCUGUGAGAAAGAAGAAUCUCAAAUGAGGAAACAGAUAAGAAAGCAGCUAGAGGAAGCAGAAAAAGAUCAAAGACGGCGGGAAAAGGAAGAAGCUGAAUUAAAAAAACAACUUGCUUUGCAAAAGCAAGCAUCGCUCAUGGAGCGCUUUCUUCAAAGAAGCAAAAAUGACUUAACUUCCCAGAAUGAUCAGCCUUCAAAGAAAGAAACGAAAUCUGAUUCAUCUCCUAACGGGAUUGAGAAGUUGCCCGAAUCAGUUACUCUUUCAAUGGACUGUGUGCUCUCACUAAAAGAUGAGAUUUACACUGAGAAUAUAUGGAAGUUGCACUUAAGUUCUUGGCACCAAAUGGGUCAUUCUUUGCGUGCAAACAGUAAACAACAUUGGGGCAUUCGUCGGAAGCCUAAGGCAGAAGUAAUCAAGGAAAUUAAGCUCACUACAAAUAGAGGACUGGGUUGUGAUGAUCAGUUCAGCAUUCAGAAGUUUGUUGAUGAUGAGUGGGGUGAAACAAACGUUGAUCCCAUAUGUCAUACAAACAUUGGAAAUUCUCUCCCUGGUGGUCAGAAGCGCAAUAGGAGCAAACAAUUGUUGCAGUUUGACAAAAGUUAUAGACCUGCAUUUUAUGGUAUCUGGCCCAAUAAAACUCAUGUUGUUGGACCACGCCACCCAUUUCUGAAGGAUCCAGACUUGGAUUAUGAAAUUGAUAGUGAUGAAGAAUGGGAAGAGGAGGAACCUGGUGAAAGCCUAUCGGAUUGUGAUAAAGAUAAUGAAGAGGAAAGCUUGGAGGAAGGGUUUUCAAAAGUUGAUGAAGAAGAUGAAAGUGAAGAUGGCUUCUUUGUACCUGAUGGAUAUCUCUCAGAAAAUGAGGGAGUACAAGUGGACAGAAUGGAAUCUGAUUGUUUGGACGAGGAAGCCAGAAGUUCCCCGAGUCGUAAACAGGAGCUGGAGAGUGAGGAGUUCUGCAUAUUGUUUCGACGGCAAAAGUGUCUACACAACUUGACUGAGCAUGCUCUUCGUAAAAAUCAGCCCUUAAUUAUACUGAAUCUAAUGCAUGAAAAGGCCCCACUGCUACUGGUUGAUGAUCUCAGUGGUAGUUUAAAACUUGAACAAACAUGUUUGCAAGCUCUGAGUAUGCUUGCUUUCCCUGGUGACCCAUAUGUGGAGAUAUCAAUUGGUGAUACUGUGCAACAACAGGGUCAAGAAGCUAGCUCAUCAGGUAGCAGGGGCAAUAUCACAGCAGGGGUGGCUGUGACACCUAUACUGGAGAUGGAUUUGCCUCAAAUUGUAUCUGUCAUUCAGUCAUGCUCACAGGGUAUUAACAAAGUGGUAGAGUCUUUGCAACAUAAGUUCCCUGCUAUCCCAAAGUCCCAAUUAAGAAAUAAAGUGCGUGAGAUAUCAGAUUUCACAGAAAACCGUUGGCAGGUCAAGAAAGAUAUUCUGGACAAGCUGGGAUUAUCAAUUUCACCUGAGAAAGGCAGUGGGAGAACAAAGAGUAUUGCCACUUUCUUCUCAAAAAGGUGCUUGCCCCCUGCUGGCAAAUCUCUCAACCACAAUGAAACCUCUCCACAGCCAUCCCAGAAACCUGCCUCAGUUGUCCAACAACCACAGGAUUAUGUUUGCAAUCGUCAGUAGCCUCUUCCUGUCUUUAGUCCUCUCUUUGGCUUUCAUGUUACCACCCUUUUUGGGCCUGCAUUUCAUAUGGCAUGUAAGUACAGCUCUCUCUAUGCAAACUUAGUGUGGUGGUAGCCAAAGUUUUGUUCCAGAAGAUGGAGUUGUAAGUUUGUUUUUAUCUGACUUCAUUUGAGGAUAUCUUUGAAGAAUAGGGCUGACUUUCAGCAAAGUUAUUAACUUGUGUUGUCUAUUGCACGUGAAAGUAGUAACAUGUUUUGCAUACCAUGAAAUUUGAGGCACUUCACAAAUUUUGUUGACUGAUACAGGCAUUGUUUUUUCUUACGAGUGUCUGGGAAAG